AUGUGUGGUAUAUUUGCUUAUUUGAAUUUUUUGACCCCAAAAACUCGUAGCGAAAUUAUCGAUGUGCUCAUCAAAGGUCUACAGCGAAUGGAAUACCGUGGAUACGAUUCAGCAGGUAUUGCAUUCGGAGGCGAACCGGAUAUUCCUGGAGAUGAGACGGUGCUGAUUCGAAAAGCUGGAAAAGUCUCUAAUUUGGCCGAUUCGAUUAAACUUGCAUAUGGUUUAUGUAUUCAAUCGCAAUGCCAAUAA